GCCAUGCGUGGAACUUUCCUCCUCUGCAAUUUAACCGGACAGAUUCAUUUUUUGGGGGGAUGACGAUCUUCCUGAAGGCAAUCUUGUUCAACUGAUUGUGUUUCUUGUCCAAUUCCUUGUGAUGCCCGUGUCUUUAUGGCAUAAAACCUCUAUAAUCAAGGCUUGAAGUCCUCAAUUUGAUGCAUCCCUAGGACGGUUGUAACCAGAGCUAAUCAGUGGGAUACGAGUAAUUUUCCUAGAGAAAGGGAGAGAAGAAUUUGGAGGAAGGACUUUUCACAUACCUAUACCCAGUUAUAUGAGCAAGAUAAGCAGUAGCUCAACAAUUUUUUUUCAAAGGUUCCUAUUUUGAUAAGUAACGCACGCUCAAGUUCUUAGCUGUCUUCUUAAUUGACGUUGUACAAAUAAUUGUAUCGCAAAGUUCAGGCUUCAACUGUCAUCAAUUAGGGCACUCGGAUUAGGAUCACCUCAACAAUUCCCCGCAACAACAGGUAACAAAUGUUUCACUUGGCAGUAAAAGUUCAGAUAAGUUCAGAUAAAUGCUUCACAUGUCAUGAAUUUGGACCUUGGGCUAAGGACUGCCCCAACAAUUGCACAAAAGAACAAGUAUCGUAUGUUGCACCUGGCAGUAAAAGUUCAGAUAAAUGCUUCAAAUGUCAUGAAUUCGGGCACUGGGCUAAGGACUGCCCCAACAAUUCUACACAAGCACAAACAUCAUAUGUUUCACUUGGCAGUAAAAGCUCAGAUAAAUGCUUCAGAUGUCAUGAAUUUGGGCAUUGGGCUCAGGACUGCCCCAACAAUUCCACACGAAAACAGUUAUCGCUUUUUUCACUUGGCAGUAUAAGUUCAGAUAAAUGCUUCAGAUGCCAUGAAUUUGGGCACUGGGCUAAGGACUGCCCCAGUAAAAGUUCAGAUAAAUGUUUCAAAUGUCAUGAAUUUGGGCACUGGGUUAAGGAUUGCCCCAACAAUUCCACUCAAGAACAGGUUUCACCUGUUUCACUCGGAAGUAAAAGUUCAGAUAAAUGUUUCAAAUGUCAUGAAUUUGAGCACUGGUCUAAGGAUUGCCCCAACAAUUCCACGCAAGAACAGGAAUUGAAUGUUUCACUUGACAGUAUAAGUUCAGAUUGCCCCAAAAAUUCCACACAAGAACAGGUGCCACAUCUUCUUUCACUUGGCAGUAAUAGUUCAGAUAAAUGCUCCAGAUGUCAUGAAUUUGGGCACUGGUCUAAGGACUGCCCCUACAAUUCCUCUCAAGAAGGGAUAUCACAUGUUUCACUUGGCAGCAAUAGUUCAGAUGAAUGCUUCAGGUGUCAUGAAUUUGGGCAUUCGGCUAAGGACUGCCCCAAUAAUCCCACGGGAGAACAAGUUCCACACUUUUCACUGGGCAAUGACGUUAUUACACCAAAAAUGUGCAGCUGUCGCAGAAAAUGUCACAAUCUCAUCUCAAAUACCUCCACAAAUCCUUGCCGAGAAUACGAGUGUGAACAGUGUAUGUCUUUCGAAGAACUCGAACCCUCUGCCUCACAAAACCCUACCAGGGUGAAGGACUGCCCCAAUAAUUCCACUCAAGAACAGGUACCACCACAUGUUUCACUUGGCAAUGGAAGUUCAGAUAAAUGCUUCAAAUGUCAACAAAUAGGGCACUGGGCUAAGGACUGCCCCAAUAGUUCCACGCAAGAACAAGUACUACUUUUUUCACUUGGCAAUGACGUUAUUCCACCAAAAAUGUGCCACUGUCGUAGAGAAUGUCACAUUUUCACCUCAAGGACCCCUGCAAACCCUGGCCGAAAGUUCUACAGAUGUAAUCAGUGUAAUUUUUUCCAAUGGUGUGAUGACUUCAAAGCCUCUGCCUCACAAAAUCCUAAACUUUACUCUCAGUCACGAAAUCGUAACCCUAGCCUUAGCCCUCCUUCAAAUAACCCUAACUGUAACCAUAACUCUCCCAUGCAAAACCCCAAAACUAGCACUCAUGAAGAAUUUGGAUCGGGGCAACAACUUGCAUCUCUUGGCUGUAGUGGGAGGAUUGAAUGGAGUUGCAAGUCAUCAAUCCUGUGCGAAAUUGAAGCAGGGCCUUGCCAAGUUUUAACUGCCCAAACUGAUGGAAAUAAGGGCCAGCAGAUUUUCACGUGUCUCAUCAAAAAGGGGGAAGGAUCUUGUGGGUUUUUGAAACGGUCUGAUAAAUUGGACUCAGUUGCUCCCUCUUCGAAUAAUUCUGUGAGAAUAAAUGGUGCUUAGCAAGAUCUUGUCAGACAGGUUUUAUGAAGAGCCAUUUGUUAACAGACACAUGAUGUUUUCACAGUUGAAUGCUUCUGGUAAUAAUUGUAUAUAAGUUUUUUUUAUGAAUAUUUUGGAUCAGGGAAAAAAAUCUCCUCUCUUGUUAAUAAAUAAGAGCAUAACUGGGGUUCAAAUCCCCUUCCCUGCAGUUAUAUUGCUCACAAUCAUAACAUACAUAUAGCUAAGUAGUUGUGUAAAGAACUGAGUAUGUGUUAGAUUCUAAAAAUAGUUUUAGAAUCUUAAGAAUGUAGACAAGCUUUACCUCUUGCUGACAAUCCAAAGAUGUUUAGAUUUACCCAUCAUGGUGGACCAAUAUGUUGUUAAGAAAUUCUGCUAUUUAUUAUAAAUAUAAUAUUUAAAGUUA